AUGGAGUCUGCAGAGACUGAUCGCGUUUUGCAGUCUGCAGAGACUGAUCGCGUUUUGCAGUCUGCAGAGACUGAUCGCGUUUUGCAGUCUGCUGAGACUGAUCGCGUUUUGCAGUCUGCAGAGACUGAUCGCGUGUUGCAGUCUGCUGAGACUGAUCGCGUUUUGCAGUCUGCAGAGACUGAUCGCGUUUUGCAGUCUGCAGAGACUGAUCGCGUGUUGCAGUCUACAGAGACUGAUCGCGUUUUGCAGUCUGCAGAGACUGAUCGCGUUUUGCAGUCUGCAGAGACUGAUCGCGUGUUGCAGUCUGCUGAGACUGAUCGCGUGUUGCAGUCUGCUGAGACUGAUCGCGUUUUGCAGUCUGCAGAGACUGAUCGCGUGUUGCAGUCUGCAGAGACUGAUCGCGUGUUGCAGUCUGCAGAGACUGAUCGCGUUUUGCAGUCUGCAGAGACUGAUCGCGUUUUGCAGUCUGCAGAGACUGAUCGCGUGUUGCAGUCUGCUGAGACUGAUCGCGUGUUGCAGUCUGCUGAGACUGAUCGCGUUUUGCAGUCUGCAGAGACUGAUCGCGUUUUGCAGUCUGCAGAGACUGAUCGCGUGUUGCAGUCUGCUGAGACUGAUCGCGUGUUGCAGUCUGCUGAGACUGAUCGCGUUUUGCAGUCUGCAGAGACUGAUCGCGUGUUGCAGUCUGCAGAGACUGAUCGCGUGUUGCAGUCUGCUGAGACUGAUCGCGUGUUGCAGUCUGCUGAGACUGAUCGCGUUUUGCAGUCUGCAGAGACUGAUCGCGUGUUGCAGUCUGCUGAGACUGAUCGCGUGUUGCAGUCUGCUGAGAGUGAUCGCGUUUUGCAGUCUGCAGAGACUGAUCGCGUGUUGCAGUCUGCUGACACUGAUACCACGUGA